UGUGUGUGUGUGGAGAUAUAAUUACAGAUGUGGUAGUGAGAAGAGAAUAAAACUGGAAACAAUCGAUACCCCAGUCCACUAUUUGCUGAAAUAGACGCAGACUCAAAAAGCCAGCAUGUCUUCAAAUACCAGCUCCACAGGAGGUGAUGCCAUAGAGACAGCAGAUCGGAAUUCUACAAGACCAGGCCGCUUCCCCUAUGUCAGGACCGAUGAUAAAAUCGAAAAGCCACUACUGCCAUCAGAUCCUGCGGCAAACUCUGGUCAGUUAUCAGUGCGCUCCAUAGACCUCCUCAAGACCAAAACAGGCCAGAAUCGCCUGGAGCAUCACACAGACCGCUACCAAAGUGACAACCUCAUCAUCCGUCGAGGGCAAUGCUUUCAGAUGUGGAUAGAGCUCUCUCGAGAUUUUAAACCUAAAUCUGACCGACUGCACCUCGAGCUCAAGCUAGGCCUUAUGCCAAUGUUAUCACGAGGCACCCUGGUGACUGUUCCUCUAGUUGACAAGUUGGAGAACAAGUGCUGGGAAGCCAAGAUUGUGGAACAGAAAGACACCAGGAUAAAACUGUCCAUCAGCAGCCCGCCAACUGCUCCCAUUGGUCGUUACAAGCUCAGUGUGAUCACAUGGACCCCAAAAGGAAGCACCAGGUUCAAUUGCAAGCGUGAAAAUGAUAUCUAUCUGCUGUUUAACCCCUGGUGUAAAGAUGACUUUGUGUUUAUGGAUGAAGAGAGCGAGAGGAACGAGUAUGUUCUGAAUGAUGUGGGUAAAAUUUACUACGGAAAUGAGAGUCAGAUUGGAACCAGGAACUGGAACUUUGGACAGUUUGCUGAUGGGAUUCUCGCAGCAUGUCUGUUCAUUCUGGAGAAGAGUCGAGCACUUGCUUCAGGUUUGGGAGACCCUGUUAAUAUCGUCAGAGUUGUUUCAGCCAUGGUCAACUCUAAUGAUGAUCAAGGUGUGCUUGAAGGGAAUUGGUCCAGUAGCUAUGCUAACGGGACUUCUCCAACAUUGUGGACCGGCAGUGUGGAAAUUCUGACACACUACCACAAAAGUGAAGGAAAGCCUGUUAAAUAUGGCCAGUGCUGGGUCUUUGCUGGGGUCACCAACACAGUCCUUAGGUGUUUAGGCAUUCCUGCCCGCUGUAUCACAAACUUCAGCUCUGCCCACGACACAGACGUUUCCUUGACAACCGAUGUGUAUUUUGAUGAGAAAAUGAGGCCAAUUGAGAGCCUCAACAAUGACUCAAUUUGGAAUUUUCAUGUGUGGAAUGAAUCCUGGAUGGCCCGUCCUGACCUGCCGGCUGGCAUGGGGGGUUGGCAAGUGGUGGAUGCCACGCCUCAAGAGACAAGUCAGGGCACAUUCUGCUGUGGCCCCACCCCUGUGUCAGCCAUCCGUGAUGGACUGGUCAAUGUCAAAUACGAUGCCCCGUUUGUCUUCGCUGAGGUGAACAGUGACAGGAUCUACUGGCAGAGGAACACUGAUGGCACCUUUACUCAGACCUCUGUUCAGAAGAGCGUUGUGGGCCACAACAUCAGCACCAAGGCAGUCGGGUCUAACCACAGAGAAGACAUCACACACCUCUACAAACACCCAGAAGGGUCUGAUGCUGAGCGAGUUGCAGUGGAAACUGCUUCCCUCUAUGGCUCCAAGCCUAACACUUAUCCCAGACCUGUGGCCAGUGAUGUCACAUUGCAUGUGGCAGUGAAAGGGGAGGGGCAGUGGGUGGGUGAAGAUGCCCAAUUGUCCUUCACCCUGAACAACAGCAGCACUGAGAAGCGCAGUAUCGAGUUCUACUGCCAGGUGGCAAUCAUGUACUACACUGGAGUGCUAAAGGGCAUUGUGAAGAAGGAUGAAAUAGCAGUGAAGCUCAAAUCCAGUGAAGUCCACUCACUAGAUUGGACUGUUCCAUAUGACCUAUAUAAGGACCAGCUGGUUGACCAGGCGGCACUGAUGCUCACCGUUAUUGGACGUGUCAUUGAGACCAAGCAGGUUCUAGCAACCCGGUUCAACUUUCGCCUGCGCACACCCGAACUCACCAUCACCCCUGUAGGAGAUGCUGUAGUGGGAAAAGAGUUUGUGGCUAAAAUCACUUUUAAGAAUCCAUUGCCGCACGUCCUGAAGAGCGUCAAGAUCCGCGUAGAGGGCUUGGGUUUGCUGAAUGCAAAAAACAUCCUCUGCGGUGAUGUGGGCAGUCUGGCGACCAUCACACACUCGGUGAAGUUCACUCCCACUUUAUCUGGUCAGAGGAAGCUUCUCGCCUCUCUGGACUGUCAGCAGAUCACACAGGUUCAUGGUGCUGCUGACAUUCUGGUCAAGGAGAAGUGAAAAGUCAUGGGAAAGCAUCACUUACUAAAGCUUUGAAACAUUUACAAUAGUUUUUGACCCUGAGUUCCAGUUUGACAAAUCAUCCUGUAGACAUUUGAAUGUUUUCUCUUAGCUGCUUCAGUAACAUUACCGGCUGAUGACACUCAUUAGUUACUGUAGAACUCACAAAAAUGCAGUCUAACAUUCAGUAACAUUCCAUUUUGUUUGACUAUUCUGGGUAAAUAGUAUUAUGCUUGUAGGCUGUGCUCUGGUUUUCUUUCUCUGCACUGAUAUUUGCACUAAAUCUGUUUGGUAAUAAACCAGGUCAAGAAAAGGAAUGCCCCAUAUUUGUCCUGAUUAUAUGAUGUGUUAGCUGAGUGAUAUCUGGGCUAGUUUCCAAACACUGCACACUUUAUAUUUAGAAAAGGCAUGUCAAUUUCCUAUUGGGGAUUGAAGUUCCUUGUUGUGAUAUGACAUUUUGUUAAAUCUACAUUCAUGAAAGAAAACACAGGCAUCUUGUUUUAAAAAGAUCACACCCUCUUUUUAAGAUGAAAUUUCUAAAGAUCAUCUCCCACAGACUUAAAUGUUUUACGGUUUUGUCUUCUGUAGAAUGUAUGCAGGAGCCAACAAGCCUGGUUCCUGCACUAUGUGAACUCUAUGGGGCUAUUAGCAAUCUGCAGAAUUCUCAGCCUGACAGGCUGUUUAUUAUUGCUGGAGAUUUCAACCAUGCAAAUCUCACAAAACCUGUGCUCCCUAAAUUCCAUCAGCAGUUGGACUUUACAACGGGAGGGGUGAACAUGCUAGAUCUUGUUUACACAAACAUCCCCGGUGUGUACCGUGCAGAGCCCUGCCCCCACAUUGGCUACUAAUGCUAAUUCCAACAUACAGGCUGCUCAUCAGACCUUCUAAACCGGUUCUGAAACAGCUAAAAACCAGGGCAGCAAGAGCCACCUCUGUUCUUCAGGGCUGUUUUGAGUGCACUGGCUGGCACAUGUACAGGAAGGCUGCAACCAAUGGUGAUACAGGUGUAACAUGGAAUAACUGGUGAUUUAAGCAUCAUCUGCCUCAUCUGUUGACGGCAAAUCUGACAAACUACAUCCUGAGUGCUAUAGAGUUAUGGCACCUAGUGGACAAAAAUAGAAACUGUGUCAAGUGCUAAUGGAAGUCCCUUGGACCAGGAAUCGCACUGCCCCAUGUAAAUAUAUGGGUUUAAACUUAAAUAAUUUUAAUGAUACCAAGAGGCAUCCUAGUGACUUACUCUAGUGAACAAGUUGGAGAACAAGUAUUGGGGAGCCAAGAUUAUCAAACAGAAAGGCACCAGAAUAAAAUUGUCAGCAGGUUACCAACUGCUCCCAUGGGGCACUAUGAGUUCAGUUUGAUAACAUGGAUCCUGAAUGGAGCACCAGGUUCAGUCGCAAGCCUGAAAAUGAUAUCUACCUGCUGUUUAACGCCUGGUGUAAAGGUAAGCAUGGGAAGAGGAAAUAUGUGAUAAGACCAGAACUUUUCCCAUGAAUUCCACAUUUUUCCACAACACUAUUUCAUCAAAAUUUCCAUGUCAGUUAACUCAGUGUUUAUGAAAAAAAGAGAGAAAUGAGUAUGUUCUGAAUGGUGUGGGGGAGACCUACUAUGGAAUCAAGUGUCAGAUUAGAGCCAGGACCUAUAACUGGAGAGGUAUUACGUGUUUCCACAACCAUACCUACCAUGUCGUCUGAUUCUCAUCCCAU